GCCAGGAUCCCUGGUCAUUUCUACACCUGAGUAAAUAUUACUGCACCUGAAUUACAGUUUUUAGCUAGAGCUAAAAAUGGUCUUCAGAGCUGUGAAAUAGGAGAGAGACAUUACCAGGAGUGGUUAACACUGUAAAUUGGAGAAGAAAGGAUAGCUUUAGUGGAACAGCAAGACCAUGAAAAAGGCUAGAGAGUCAUUAACACCUAUGGAGUUAAGAGAGACUAGCAGGAAUUGGUAGAUUAUAAUGAGCCAGAAAGUCAAUUGACUCUCUCAGUAUUGCCUGAAUAGAAAUGCUGCUGCCCUUCCCAGGCAGUUGGUUUUAAAGCUUGGGAAGAGCGAAAUCAAGGGGAAGGGAUGCAGCUGCACCUCUCCUGGAUUUGUCUCUGAGGCUGUACCCUAUCUUAACUGAGUGACAUUUUCUGGGUGGUGUCAUACAGGAAAUAUGGACAACUGAAUGAUGCCUUCUGGCCUUAAUGUCCCCAAAUCAAGGAAUAAGUGACCUCAGAUGAAGAUUAGGCGAGUUGGGGAUUGGACACUGCUCGGACACCUGAAAACUGAAUGGUCCCCCCCCCAUUUAAGAAGUCUCCGCUAUUUAGGGGGAUAGUGUCUCCAAGAGGGUAAUAAGGUUAUUCAAUCAUUUCCCAAUGUUUUUUAUUUUUAUUCUACCCAGAUAAAGACGCAGGUGUUAAAUCAAGGGCUGUUCUGUGCCUGACUGGCUCCUUGCUUCCAAAAACAGAGUUAGGGGUGACUAAAAUACUCCAUCUUUUAUAACAGUCCUUCUGCUCUAACCCUAUCUACUCCUACCACUACUUUGAUGCCAAAAGAUCCCAAGAACCCCUACCAAAAUAUUUUUUAUGGAAAUCACUUUCCUGAGCCUUAAAUUAGGGCUGCUUCUGGGGUAUAGACAGGUGAUAGCUGUCUUUUAAUGGGCAGGGAAGGGAAAUAACAUGCCCCUGGCCAAGACUGACCAGCUCUGUUGCAGCCCAUUCUUGUUGUUGCUGCCCGCCCCCCACAGCCAGCUGCCUCUUCUCCAUUACUGCCCCCUCCCAAUUGCCAGAUCUGUCCCCUGUCACCAUGAUUUUGCCCACGACUCCCUGCUGCCCUUGAAGAAGAAAGGUGGUUUUUGUGGGGAAGAAACAGCACUUUCUACCUCUUUAUUAAUUAGUGACUUACAUUUCCCUCUGUCAAUGCUAAUUGGAGAAUGAGGCAAAGUAUAAUUUUGCAACAGCGACCCCUCACCCUUUCUCUCCCAUUGUUGAAAAUGACUACAUAAUACCCUCAGACUGUUCUUUUUGUCUCUAAUAAAUGAGUGUUGAUAUCUAAUUUUCCGUUCUCAAUCUAAUAUAGGGCUGGAUUAACCCUUUAGUUAGCAUAGACAAACAAACUUGUGGGCCCCUACUUAAUACUGUAUAUUUAUAUUACUUUUUUCACUCAAUAAUUAAAAUGUGUAAAAUAAGCCCAAGUGAGCCCCUUCUUCGCUUAGGGCCCUAGACAUGUGCCUCCUUUGCCUAUGCAUUAAUCCAGCCCUGAUCUAAUACUCGGAUAUUGAUAGGAAACCUGCUUGGAUUUCAUUCUCUACUCUUUUAUUCAGGGAUAUUGGCAUUCAGUUCUCUCAACUUUUGCGUCAGUUCUCAAGUCUUGAAAUAAAUCUCUCACGUAUUUAAGCAUGUUUUCUCCUCCUUUUUGAUGGCACUGUCAUAAAUAUUUGAAAGAUGAGGUCCAAAUGAUCUAUCCUUUAUAUUUAAACUUUCAGAUUUGACUUCUCUUUCAUAACCUGCUCUUAACGCAUCUCUUCAGACUUUCCAAACUUUUUUCUAGUCAUAUAAAAAACAUACCAUCAUAAUAUUAAAACACGUCUUUCUUCCUUUCUAAACUGGUAUCAUGUCUUCUCAAACUUAGCUAUUUUCUGUUUAUCUCUAUUGAAUAUAUAAAAAGUUCAUAUAUUUGAUUUUUCCCCCCUAUUAUAACAACUAACUGCUUUUUUUUUUUGUCAGAAGCUCCUGCCCAGCUUCUGCUGGGGGCUGUAUGGAGCAGCUCCACGGGGUGCUGGAUUUGGCCCUGGACGGUGGUAGGAUUACUUUUUCCAGUCUGCUCUGUGCCUGGCCACCUCCUCCUUUAUGGUGUCCUCCACUAACUGGGAGCAGGGACUAGGAGAUCCUUUGUCACAUCUUUUCUCCACUCUUCACCCUUCAACCUCCUGCUCCUCUUUAGCUCCCUUCUGGUUUGCCACCUCCCUAUAUUCCCCCAUGUUCUUAACUACCCUUCAUCACAAGCAGCCUGGUUUCAGGCUCACAGAGAAGAAUGGGAGCUCAUAGUUACUUUUAUUGUAAGUACAGGAUUUGCAGUGAGCUUGGUUGACAGCAGCCUGUGACUCUGGUCCCGUUAAUAAUUAUGGUAAAGAUCAGCCAUUUUCAAUAAGGGCAAAUUCAUUAGUUUUUAUCUGGGAAUUGAGAUCAUGGGACACUUGAAAAUACCAUCACACGUUGUGAGAUUUGAAAUAAAAUCGCAAGAGAUGGCAAGUCUGCAAGGGAUGGCAAGUCUGUAAGCAAGCCACUGAGGGUGAGAGAACCACUAAGUUACUGCCCUGCUCCUUUCAUCCUGAGUGAAGACUCAGGGUAGCUGCUUUUCUCCAAAAAUCAGACAUUCUUGUAGUUUUAAAGUUGGCAGGAAACCAAAAUUGGAGGGGAUUUUCUAUCUUCAUUUGAUACAUGAAUAAAAAUCUGUCAUUUCCCUGUGUUUACCAUUCACAUAGAUAGAAGGGAGCCUGUGCGACUAAUUCAAAAAAGAAAGGGAAGGGGAGAAUGGACUUUCCAUGAUUGGUCCCUGGGAAAGAAUGGCUUCCACGUUUUUAUUUCUAAGGCAUGCAUUUUUCAGUGACCGAAACCAUCUGCAUGACUUGACUGAAGAAGGGAUGUAGUUAGGUUCAUAGCAAAUGGGAAGACACAGUUCUUCAAAUUCUCUUGUUAUAUAAGAGACAACUUGGAAAGCCACAUUUGCUAAAUUACAAAUGCAUCAAAUAAACAGAUCCUGAAAUGUGAAGGAGGAAAAACUGGAAAGUGGAGAAUUUAACCUUUUCCUCCGGGGGGGGGAACUUAGACAGACAUAGAUGUGGUGUCAUUUCAUUCUUAUUUAAUAUUUGUCUUGCAAUAGCACUUAGGAAUUCCAAAGGCAGGACCCCGUGAUGACCAGCUUUAUACAAAUACAAGCCAACAAUGGCUUCUGCCCUAAAGAGUUGAGUCAAACUCUUUUCAAGCAUGUCACUAGCUCCCACCAUUUAGAGAGUACAUCCAUUUGAGGAUAUCAACCAUUUAGUCUGUGGAGAAUAGUUCUCAAACCACUUUAAACAACAUCCUGUCUUGUAUGCUCAACUCCUCCCUCACCUGCGAUGGGCAGUACCAGGUGAACUAUGCGGAGUGGAUCAUUACAUUAUUCCCUUUCUUCAUGUUUAGCACAGACACUGGGAGGAUUAAAAUGUCACAGUGGGCUGGCUUCAAGAAGGAAGAGCUGUAUCCAUGCUGUGUUUCCUCCGAUUUGCAGAAUCUAGAGUAUAUACAGGGAAGGAAUGUAGGGUGAACAGGGGUGUGCCGUGGGAUGGUGUCCUUUCUGCCCUAUGUGAUAAAAGGUAGAGGGAAAGAAGGCAGAGUGAAAACAUGCGAUAAACCUGACAUGGUAUGUCCAAUCUGGGGAAUUAUUUUUUGGGGGGUUUUUUAAGCAAGCCCAUAGUAAGAUUGGAAAUUUUUAGGACAAGAAACAACCCCCUUGUGCAGAGCUGGAGAACCUACCAGGUGGACAGAAUUACCUGCUGACCCUGCUAGCCAGAGACUCCAUAAAAUAUGAAGGAGGCACUCAUCAUGAAGCACAGGGGACGUGCCUUGUCCUCUUGUGUCUAGCUUUUAGGAAUAGGAAGUGUGUUGAGAUUCUAAUACCUGGAAGUGCUCAGGGUCUCUCCCUCCAGUGUCAACCUCUGGCCAGUGCAUGUCUUAGAAAGGUAAAGGACCCUGGCCUCUUCCCUGGUCUGUCCAACAUCCACUGUAUCCCUUUUGAAGCUUUUGUUUCUUUUGGCCUUCCUGCCAUAUAUCUGAUGGGAAUUUCACUAGGCUGUAGUUAUUGAAUCUGGAAUGCUUUUUGUUUCAGGGCCAGUGAUGUUUGAGGAAGCAGAUGUGUAUUUCCACAAAGAGCAGAGGACUCUGUAGGACUCUGGUCAGAAGACCUACUACCAGGACAUCAUGCAGGAGAAUUACGAGACUGUGACCUUUCUGGCAGGUGAUGGAUUGGUAUGUAAGAAAGAAGAGGAGGAUCCACAACCUGAAGGCCCAAAGCAACUGGAACUAGAAAAGGUGUUGUUGGGAAUAUCCGAAAGGAACUUUUCCCCGAGCCGUGUACAGGGAACCCCCAGUGGAAAUCAAAGUAGGCUAAAGAGGCAGGUGGCAAGCCACACAGGGAAGGAAGUGGGUGAAUCUGUUGAUUUGGGGAGAGGCUGUAAUGACCUCAAAGAAACCAGAGCCAAGCAGAAAAGCCACACGGGAGAGAGAAAAAACACAUGCGCUGAGUGUGGGCAGAGCUUCAGUCGGAACUCGUACCUUAUCAGGCACAAGAGAACCCACACCGGGGAGAAACCCUACCAAUGCCUUGAGUGCGGGAAAAGCUUCAAUCUGAGCUCCAACCUCAUGACACACCAGAGAACCCACACGGGAGAGAGGCCCUAUAAAUGCCUGGAGUGCGGAAAAAGCUUCAUUCAGAGUUCAGAUCUUAUUUCACAUCAGAGACUCCACACAGGGGAGAGACCCUAUGAAUGCCUGGAGUGUGGGAAGAGCUUCAUUCAGAGUUCACACCUCCUCAGGCAUCAGAAGCUCCAUGUUGGGGACAGACCCUACAAAUGCACUGACUGUGGGAAAAGGUUUUUUCAGCGGUCACAUCUUAUUAGACACCAGAGGCUCCAUGUUGGGGAGAGGCCCCAUAAAUGUACCGACUGUGGGAAAAGCUUCAUUCAGAACUCCCAGCUCCUGACCCAUCAGAAAAUCCACUUAGGGGAGAAACCCUAUAAAUGCCCUGACUGUGGGAAAACAUUUAAUAGGAGCUCACACCUUAUCGUGCACCAGAGAACCCACACGGGAGAGAAACCCUAUAAAUGUCUGGACUGUGGGAAGAGGUUCAGUGUCAACUCCAACCUGAUUACUCACCAGCGAACCCACACGGGGGAGAGACCUUAUAAAUGCCUCGACUGUGGGAAAAGCUUCAGUCGGAGUUCACAUCUCAUUAAGCACCAGAGGCUCCACACAGGAGACGAAACCUGAGUGCAGCAGAAGAUUCAAUUGGGGCUUAUGUUGUGUAAGACAUCAGCAAAUCUGUGUAGGGGAGAGACCACUUCAGCAUGGUAAACCCUUCUAGUGGAACUUAUAUAUCUUGGACAGCAGAAGCUUUGUGCAGGAGAGAAAUUCUGUCUGGACAACGAAUGGCCAUAGUUAGAUUGUAAGCAGACGUCUCAUUUCAGGCAGUCUGAUUGCCAGGGGUUUAACCCUGAUUUAAACACAAGUGAUCUAAACACAAGUGGCACAGCCAUUUACACACACCGCCCUUCCAGGCUGCACUGCUGCCCUUGUGACAGGCCGGUCCCUGGAAUGGAUGGCAGUUGGCUUGAAUGACCCAUGAUCUAGAUACAGACAUACACCACACUGUCCCAGCAGAUGUGUUGGCACCUUUUAUCUUGCAUCCUUAAAGCAGGAUAAUGGAUGUGUAUGUCUGUAGGAUCCCAGGACAAAAGGCUUUCUCCUGUGAGAAAUGUAACAUCUGUUUGCACCCCUUGUUACCAGACUUAAUAUUGGUAGUAGCACUGAAUUCAUAGAUGCUUGAACAAAAAUAGUCCAUUCUCUGAGCAUUUAUUGAGCACAGCAAUUUGCAACUUCAAGCACAUGGCAAAGACCAACAACAGAAACACUUCAUCUAAGCUAAGACACAGCCAAAUAAGAUAUAGUGACAACGCACAAUUUAGUCUAAUUUAAAAUGCAACAUAAUAAGCCAAAAAGACAACAAAAAGCAUUGCAUAAUCCAAAGGGCAGAGUGUCUCUUUGCAGUCAGGUAUUCAUAAGGUAUUUCUGGGGAUCUGCAGGUCUUCUUAGGUGGUGAGGAUAGUCCCACAGGCCUCAGCUUGGCCUGGGUUUUCAUAGGGAUCUACAUCUCCUUGCCUCCCUUCGGUCCCUUACAUGACUCUCAUGCAUUCAGUGUCUCUGUCUCUUGCCUCUUAGGUAUUCCAGUCUCUCAUCCCUUACCACAGGGGUGGGGAACCUCCAGCUCCAGCCCACGGCAUAAUUUCAACCGGCCCAUGAAUUGGGGCAACCGCCCCGGGCCCCAUAUUUUGUGGGGCCCUGUGUAGCAGCCGCAGCGACUCUGUGCCACUGCCAGUUUCACAUCUGGCUGCUUGCUAUCACCCCCACCACUGCCACCACCAACGGCUUUGCAUCCGACUGCUUGCCACCCCGCCGCCGGCACCACUUCUCUUUUCUUUGUUCAACCUAUGUUUCCCCUGCUACAUAUCCCAGUGUAUUCAGCAAUCCCUGCUCAAGAGUCAUUGAUUUCAGUCCUUUAUAAUGUAUAGUGUUGGCCAUUCAUGGCAUCUGACAAAGUAGGCUAUUGCCUAUGAAAGCUUAUGCCUCUCUGAAUGAGUUACUGUCUAAGGUAACACCCUGUCCUGCCUCUUGCCUGACUUCAGAUUAACAUGGAUAACUACCUCUCUACUAAUGGAUAGGGUUGUGAUGAUGGGAAUUGAGAUGAACCCUCCCAGUGAGAUGAAGCUGAAGGUUCCAAAUUAAAGUACCUCUCCAUGACUGUUAAUAAAACUUUGGUUUCUUUCUGCUUCAACAGCUAUUGGCAUCUCAUGAACUCAUAAAGAUUCGCUCUAGAAUGAUUGCUGUUAACAUCUAUCUAGAGUAUUGAUAUAUAGAGAAUAUGGAUUAUGUAAUGUGAUACAUAUGAAAGGUUAAUGUUUCCUUUAAGAGGGGAGAUGUGGUGCUAUGUAAGUGAAAGAUCAGAAUUUAGAGUCAGUCUCUUAUAACGGAUUGUGUUGUGAUUGUGGGAAUGGUGAAAUGAACCCAGGGGAACAGAAAAGCUGAAGGUUCCAGUUUGAAGCUGUUCUCCAUAACUGUUAAUAAAAGAUUUUGUCUAUCUCAUUCACCAGCUAUUGUCGUCUCAUGAACCCACAAGGAUGGUUAUAAAUAGGCUUGAUUGCCUUAAGAAAGGAGAGAGGUUUAAUGUGCAAAAUGUUAUUUAAUCAGUUUUUAGAUGUAGUUAUGAAGUUAUACAAAGAGUUUCAUACUCGGUUCUUACAAAACAAUGGCAUAGAACAGGCAUGACCUAAACAGUUCUUGUUAUAGCAUUUUCUUUAAGAGAAAGUAGGAGGAAACUUAACUUUACAUAUUCCUGAUUGCCCAGCAUUUGAGCUUUGGGUAUUUAGAUGGCAGAAAGGACAAGCUGACAAUUAGUCAGGGUUAUCUGACAACAGAGCUUACUAUCUACUACUGCCUGCUAUCAUCAGCCCCACUGUGAGAGUUCAGAAGCAGCACAUCAUCUCGUAAACAGUCCUACCCUAUGAACAUGCAGACUGUUCCCUAGAAGUAACCUGAUUAGCAAGUCAACUUACCUGACCCUAACUUCACCCUCCAAAAAAGUACCAAAACACCAAAAGUAUCAAAACAACUUUCCACCC